GGCGGGCGCGCGGCGGGUGCCUGGGUGUCGGGAGGCGCCUCGGGGCGCGCGGCGGGGCCAUGGGCUGCUGCUUCGGAAAGAGGCGGAAAGAGGCGAAGGGGGGCGCGCAGGGCGGGGGGGGCCAGGACCCCCCGGCCGCGGACGAGGAGAAGCCGCCGCCGCCGCAGUACAGCUGGGCCCCGCGUGCCAAGGUUGAUCCCAAAGACUACACGUUUUCUGGACUUAAGGACGAAACUGUGGGUCGUUUACCUGGAAAAGUUGCAGGGCAACAAUUUGUCAUUCAGGACUGUGAGAACUGUAAUAUCUACAUUUUUGACCAUUCUGCUACAAUCACUAUUGAUGAUUGUACAAGCUGCCGAAUCUUUCUAGGACCCGUAAAAGGCAGUGUGUUUUUCCGUGACUGCAAAGAUUGUAAAUGCGUAGUGGCGUGCCAACAAUUUCGCACCCGGGACUGCAGAAAGUUGGAAGUAUUCUUGUGCUGUGCCACCCAACCCAUUAUUGAGUCAUCCACAGGUAUGAAAUUUGGCUGUUUCCAGUACUACUAUCCAGAGCUGGCUUUACAAUUCAAAGAUGCUGGACUGAGUAUCUUCAAUAACACAUGGAGCAACAUCCAUGACUUUACACCAGUGUCAGGAGAAAACAAUUGGAGUCUUCUACCUGAAGAUGCCACAGUUCAGGAUUAUGUCCCCUUACCUACAUCUGAGGAACUAAAAGUAAUCAGAAUUUCUACAGAUACCAUGAAGAGCAUAAUUCCAAUAACCCGGGGUGGGAGGCAGAAGAGCAGUGAAGAAUCAUGUCUGGCAGUUUUCUUCGCUGGAGACUACACAACUGCAAAUGCUAGAAAGUUAAUUGAUGAGAUGACUGGCAAAGGCUUUUUGUUGGUUCAGACUAAGGAAGUUUCAAUGAAAGCAGAGGAUGCUCAAAGAGUGUUCCAGCAGAGUGCAUCUGACUUCAUCCCUUUGCUUGAAAAAGGUCCUGUUGUCGCUUUGGAGUUUAAUGGAGAUGGUGCCGUAGAAGGAUGUCGAAACAUUAUAAAUGAUGUCUUCAGUGGAACUAAGGUUUUUGUAUCGGAGAACAAAGCAUCGGCCUCUCAAGACGUAGACAGCUUCUACAACUUUGCUGACAUGCAGAUGGGAAUGUGAAAUGUGACUUGAAGAUGUUCUUCUGCAUGGCCUGUCUCACCACUUGGAUAUAGCUUUGGUUUGACUGUAUAAUGCUGCAUUAGCGGCAAAGGUUUUUUGGUUUUUUUUCCCCCGAUUGACCUUUGUAUUGCAUAUGUUUUUAUAAAAGGAAUUGGUAAAUUUAAUACUGCAUCACGUGAAUUACAACGAUCAAUGUAGCUUCACAUGUACAUGUGAUACUUAUGUACCACUUAAACAACACACUUUCUAGUAAUUUAUGAUUAUAGUGAAAUUAAUUAUAUUCUGAUGUGAACAUUCCUCAAAUCUUUUAAUUUGUAGGAUUUUUAGAAAGUAGGUACAAUGCUAGACCACAUUUUAUGUAUCUUUUUUUUUUUUUAAAGUAAUUUCUUAACUGAAACACAUUGCUGCCGGUAUGUGUCAAUGGUACAUUAGAGAAGGUAACUUGUAGAAUUCACAGUACUUUCCCAUAUGCAAAAUUAUCUUAAUCAGGAAAAAUGUCAUUGCUAACUGAUCUAAAGUUUCUUAAAUUGUUUUCUCUUUUAAAUAGCAUGCUUUCACAGUUGACUUUACUCUGCUUCAGUCUUUGUAUUCAUAAAAAUAUUAAUUGCGCCAAGUGUUCUAUACCAAAUAGUCUUAAGUGUUAAUGUACUAUAUUAACAUUAAUUUUAAUUACAUUAAAAAUAGUGUAAAGAGCCUGGGAGUUAUGCUGCAGAUGCUUCGUGCCCUCUUUCCCAGCCCCCCAUUUAGGAGUGUCUCCAGUGGUAUAUGGCUCCUCUCUCAUCCCUCUCUUGGGCUAGUGUAGAAGAUAAGUCUGAGGCUUCCUUACAACCCAGUUGCCAUAAUAGGUCUCUGACAACUGCCAUUGUUUAGACCACACCACAGCCUAGAAUCAGGGAGAUUAGUUUUAAAGCCAUGUUUGGAUGCAUGCACCUCUGAGUGUGCUCCUCCAUCAUGACGAAGGAUAUGGACACACAGUCUCUGGUGGCUGCAGAUAAUUGACUGACUGUAAAACUAACAUUAGUCAGUUACUUCUAGAAGCAGACCAAGAAAGCAUUAAUUUGAAACUAAAGGAAUGUAACUUUUUAAAAUAUAGUUGUCUGAGUUGUAGUUUUUUUUAAUAGAUGAGCUAUAUAGUAUUCCUGGUGGCCUUUACUAGAUACAUCAUUUCAGCAUAAGAAUGUUCACUACAAUGUAAUGCAUUUUAAUGCAUACACAUGAGAAUAUUGGAUCCUCAACAUGCAGAUUGAGUUUCUGCAAGGUCUUACAAGAAUUCAGAUUAGGGUUCCAUAGGCCCUCUGUUCAGACAGCAGAAAUUUAGCUUCAUUGUGUCACAAAUUUACUGGACUUAUCAACUGACUGCUCUCAUAUCAUAUGAGGUGCAAACCCACAACUCUUCAGAUUAGAUGCGACUUGCUGGUGUAAACAUAAACUUCCCAGUACCAUUUAAUGUAAAAUGCUAUGUUGUGAUUUCCUUAAACAAAAAAACUCUGACUUUAUAUAGUCUGGUAGUUUAUCCUCCAGCCACCUUGCAUAUAGAGCAGGAAAUGACUAUCUCGAUAGUUGGUCAGUGCUGUGGCUUCAGAAUGCCAAAGGAGGCUGGUUGAAAUACUUCGA